UCCCCCAAUUGCAGGUCCAAAGGGAUCGAAACCUUAACCGUGGAUACGUAAAUUGAAAGCGCGAAGAAGCAAUGCAGAACCAGGUGCAGUGCAGCUGUGGAGAGGGCAACUGCGCAGAAUGGGCAAUUCUGGAGCUCCAAGGAAUGGCCGAGGCCCAACCUUCCAUACAGAACCGCCUCCAGAGCAGCGUGCUCUGCCUGCCCUUCUUCUCAGGUUCUCGGCAUUUUCAUUUUGUCUGUUAACGAUCCGCUGAUAAAUUAUACAUUUUUGGUCCAAAUUUAAGGCAGCCAUAGUUGUUUCGAAACCCAAAAAAAGAAAGAAAGAAAGAUUUAGUAAUUUUGCUGUACAUAUACUCUCUUUAAUUUCUCGAAUCUACAAAGGGUCGAUACAAUCUGGGCAGAUAGGGUAAUUAAAUUCACAGAGAUUGUGCAAAAUCCAGAGCGAACAGAAGAAGAAAGGAAAUUAGGGAUUGGGAAAAUUCAAGCAAAUUGAAACCAUGGCGCCCCUAUUUAACGGACCGUUUUGGCGGCUCUCUCGGCGUGCUACAGAAAGUUUCCGACACGUGGUUGUCUCUUUCUGCAUCCCUCCCACCAUUUUCACACCGGCCUUGCUACUGCAUAGCCCCUUCGAUUCUCGCUUUAUAUAUUUGUUUUCGGGCGAUUACUUGAUUUACUCUUCAGUUUGCGAAUCGCUCAAGUCUCGCGAUUGGGGUGGAGAAUAGGGGAAUUGCUUGAUUUCGGUGUUUGCCCUUUUGUUGUUGUUGUUGUGGAGUUUUCGUGAUUUGUGGAGUUGAAUUUAGGGUUAAUUGGAGUGAAUUUUGGAGAUGGGCUGCGAACACCCUGAAUGGCUGCCUGCGGGUUGGAAAAUUGAAGUGAAGGCUCAAAGCAGUGGGGAGAAACAUACGUGUUACGUCAAUCCUGCCAAUGGCCUAGAAUUCAGCUCGAAGCUGGAGGUGCUUCGUUAUUUAGAAAGUUCUGUAAAGGAUGAUAACUCCAAUGAUCCAAAUAAGUUGUGUGCCGAGGGUGAAGGACAAGUGUCAAUCACCGUUGUUGUUGCGGAUGAAAGUUCGCCAGAUAAGAUGGGAAACUCAGGUCUGAAACUUGCCACCGAUGUUAAUUGCGAUGCGACAAAUGUGGCUAAAGGACAAAUGCCACUAAGCGAGAAAGCCGAUGAGAGUUUGUCGUGCAACAAGAUGGGAAAGUCAGGGUCAAAAGCAGCUUUACUUAGAACAGGAGAAAGAAGACGGAGUCCGAGAUUGGCUGCAAAUAAAUUGAAGGAAGGCGCAAGUAGAGAUCCGUCGUUGUUCCAAACAGGAGGUGCUGCUGAGAAGGUCGCCGCCACCACUGCCACCAUCACCGUGCCUGAGACGAUGAACAGGCCAAAACCAACAGAAACUGAACAGAUUCCGGUGGAUGGUCAGCAGGGUUUGAGUCUCUCCGCGAAGAAGACAAGGGGCUCUAAAAGAAAGUGGGCAAGCGACCUGCCCCGGAGAACUUCGAAAAGACUCGCUGGCAUCAAAGUCGACAUUGAAUCAGAUCUUAAGCCUGCCAGAGUCAAUCGCAAAGCUGUGGCAUCGAAGGAGCCAGAACACGAUGCUGAACGGGAAAGCAUCGAUGAUCAGAAAAUGCCCCCGAUUGACUCCGAAACGACCAACAUUGCGGACAAUGAUGAACAGAAAAUGCCCCAGAUCGACACCGAACGGAAAACCGAUGAUGGGCAAAACGCGGAUGAUAAUCAACCGAAUCUGCCUUGGAUCGAUGGCAAUAAAGAGGAGGAGGGCGAUGGCAGCAAGAAGAGCGACGAAAAGCUGCGACAAAUCGUGAUGGAUGAUCCGUGCAUCGCCUUCGCCGUCAAGAUUCUCACCGGCGAAAUCCCCGUAGAGAAUUUCACUAAAGGUGGUGCUGACACUGUGAAAUCACAUUCACAGUCACCAGCCGUUGGGGAUCAAGGACAGGGACAGGGAAAGGACUUACAGUAGUAAAAUUGAUUUUUUUUUAACUUAAAUUUGGAUUUUGAAUGGAUUGGUAACAUAGAUUGGAUGCAAUGCCAAUGCGGAGAACAGAUGGGUAGUAAAAUUGUUUGGUAGAAUUGGAUGCAUGCAUUGCAUGCACAGUUACAUGACUGCAGCUGAUUUUAAUUUCAAGCACUGUAAAUUAUUCCUUC